GUGGCGCAUGCGCCUGUAGCGGGCGGCGCGAUUGUUGAAUGGGGGGGUUUGGUGCUGAACGGGCGGAGCCGCUCAGCCCUGGCUCGAUAUAUAAGGCGCUCUCCCCGCGGCGCUGCGGCGGAGACGGUGCGGCUGAGGUUCAGCAGCCCCGCCCUUCUCAGAGGAGGCUCGCCCGGGCCCUGAAGAAAUGAGUGACAUGGACUCGUAUAAGGUGCUGCUGGAUGGACCAGCACCAUGGGGGUUCAGGCUGCAGGGUGGCAAGGACUUCAACAUGCCACUCUCCAUCUCCAGGCUCACCCCUGGGGGCAAGGCAGCCCAGGCAGGUGUGGGAGUGGGUGACUGGGUGCUAAGCAUUGAUGGGGAGAACACCAGCACCUUGACCCACAUUGAAGCACAGAACAAGAUCCGUGCCUGUGGGGACAAACUCUCCCUCAGCCUGAGCAGAGUCCAGAACCUCCUCGGCAAACCUCAGAAGGAUUCACUCCCUUCCUCUGAGCCCCUGAAAUAUAACUUCGCUCCCAGCAAUGCCCUCAACAAAACAGCCCGGCCCUUUGGGGUCACUUCUGCUCCAAACUCUCAGCCUGGGCUGGUGACGAAACCUGUGCCGUACACUCCCCCAGCGUCCAUCUGCACCGCACAGCACAAUGGGCACUCGCUGCGGCUGGUGAGCCUGCCGGCCUUCCUCCCCAACGACUCCAGCAAAAAGAGACUUAUUGAGGACACAGAGGACUGGCGACCACGGACUGGCACCACUCAGUCCCGUUCUUUCCGUAUCCUGGCCCAUCUCACAGGCACAGAAUUCAUGCAAGACCCAGAUGAGGAUCAUAUUAGGAAAGCCAGCCAGGUCUCCAUCCCGGAUCUGUCUUCUGCGCCAACCUUGAAAGUGGAGCCUGGAUAUGGCUCUGCUGCUCCAAAGCCUGCACCUAUCUCGGGCCCUGUCAGUCGGCCCCCCUGGGCUGUGGAUCCUUCGUUUGCUGAGCGAUACGCCCCAGAUAAAACCAGCACAGUGCUGAGCAAGCACAGCCAGCCAGCCACACCGACACCUAUGCAGAACCGCAACUCCAUUGUGCAGGCUGCACAGCAAGCCCCCGAGAGUGGCAACAAAACGCCCAUCUGCUGCCAGUGUAGCAAGAUCAUCAGAGGGCGUUACCUGGUGGCCCUGGGGCGCUACUACCACCCUGAGGAAUUCACUUGCUCACAGUGCCGGAAGGUGUUAGAUGAGGGUGGCUUUUUUGAGGAGAAGGGCUCCAUCUUCUGCCCCAAGUGCUACGACAUGCGCUAUGCCCCCAACUGUGCCAAGUGCAAGAAGAAGAUCACAGGGGAAAUUAUGCAUGCUCUGAAGACAACUUGGCAUGUUCAGUGCUUUAUCUGCGCUGCCUGCAAAACACCCAUCCGCAAUCGCGCCUUCUAUAUGGAAGAAGGGCAGCCCUACUGUGAGAGAGAUUAUGAGAAGAUGUUUGGAACCAAAUGCCGUGGCUGUGACUUCAAGAUAGAUGCUGGUGACAGAUUCCUGGAGGCACUGGGCUUCAGCUGGCAUGACACUUGCUUUGUCUGUGCGAUCUGCCAGAUCAACUUGGAAGGCAAGACAUUCUACUCCAAAAAGGACAAGCCCCUGUGCAAGAGCCAUGCUUUCUCCCAUGUGUGAGCGGGGAGGGAGAGAGAGAAGACCGGACUGCCAAAGCUGCUGCCCUAGCCCUGCAUUUCUGUUUACCCUCCUCUUGUCCUGUUCUGAAAGAGAGCUGGGCCCUAACUCCUCACUUGACCAUCAUUCUCAGUUGGGCAUGCAGUGCUCAGAGUUCCCUUCCGGACUCUGGGAAGAUUCAGGUACACGGAUUCAGGCCAUUGCUUUAAACAAGUAGAAUUCCAUUCCACACAAGCUCUAAAUGGUGGGCAGAAUAGUCACUACCCUUUCCAGUCUGUGAAGCCCUAGUGUCCUUGGUCAGAAAGGCUUGUGCCAGCUGCAGCCAAAGAGGAUCCCCUAGAAUGUCACUUGUCUAGCUGAAGGAUUCCAGGGGCUGAUGCUGUUGCAAAGUCGGCAUUAGCUGAGAUCUGACUCUCCCUAGAGGCCAUUAUUUCAGAUAGCAAGUGUUCACAUAUGACAUACCUUUUGGGACAAGCGCUUUUCCCAAAGGAUAACUCUGGAUGGGCCUUGUUCUUAUUUACUUCCCUGUCUCCUGUAUAAUGCAGCUACUGCAUUCUCCCCACCCCGCCCACCCCCGGCCAUUUCCCUUUCUUCCCUGAGAAAGCGCAUUGCCUGGGAUUUAUGUGAUUCUGUCAUGCCUGGCCCUUUGCUCAUUAAUCCAAAUGCCCACAUUUAGUGGCAGAAGACCCAGCCCUAGUGAAGUGGCUUCUCCCUGAGGAACCUUUCCUGAUACAGUAGGGUUAGCAGAGAGGGAGACCACCUACUCCAGGAACCAAGUGGCUUGCUCCAGGGUAGAGCAUUACAUUGUCAGCUGCAGCAGAACAAGUAAACAUUCGUGUUAAAAUACCAUGGAGAACAGAGGUGUUGCAGGAUCCAGCCUUUUCUCCAUACCAGCCAAAGCUGCUUCUCCCACACCAUGAGACAAAUAUGCCAUUCAUUCCUCAGUGCCCACUGCUGCGUUUUGCUUGUUGCUCACAGCCCUGGGCUGAAUGUGGCCCCGGAACUCUCCUACCAAAGAGGAAUUUCUGUUUUGUUCUUAAGUAUGUUUCCCAGAACCGUGCUGUCCGGCUGGGAGUCUGAUUCUUUGCCAUCUCAGCGAUGCCUUCAGUGCCUAAUAAAUAUGUCUUUUAAAUCCUU